AAACGCUAACACCAUAACAAGAGAAGAGAGAGAAAGAAGAGAGAGAAAGAAGAGAGAGAGCACACACAGAACAAAAGAAAAAGAAAAAGAAACAGUGGGUAAUCAAAGAGAAAAACAAAACCCAGAAUCUUGAGAGUGACAAAGAAAGGAAACAGAGCGAAAACAUAAGAAUUCCAUUCAAUAGCAACACACACAUAACACAGCGAAAGAGAAAGUACUUAUCCCAAAACCAUAUAUUAUAUUAUAUUAUAUUUUAUAUCUAUCUAUACACAAUUAUAUUACAUAAUAAAAAUAAUUCAUAGUUUUAUUAAAAUUAAAAUUAAAUUUGUGUUCUCUUUCUUAUAAUUGUAUUCAUUCAUGUGAAUGAAAGAGAGAGAGAUCUUGUUCUCUUACAAUGUCCACUUUGUAGCGAACUAGGGUUUCAUUGGAUCUUAUAUUGGGGGCAGUUGCUGAAUUUGGAAAAUUCCCAAAGUUGUUAGGGUUUCGAUCAGAGAGUUUGAUUGAAAUGGAAUACUGUUGUGCUUGUUCCUUCUUUGUGUGAUUUUGCCUGAAAUGGGCAAAAGCUCUGAUCUUUUCAGAGUUUCAGAUUGUGGGUUUGGUACUACGGUGCUUGAUCAUUUAUAUGCUUGGUGAUUGCUUAAGAUGGUAUUUAACAUUGCUUCUUUGAGCAUGGAAGAAGAUUGUAUAUACCGUUAUCAGUGAUCAAGAUUUUGUUAACCGUUUUUGGAUUCAGUGAAAAGGCCUUCUUGGUCACCGUUUUUGGUGUUUUUCUCCUUUAUUGUUUUCUACUUUUGGCCCUGGGUGGACAUUUUUGGUUUCGGUAGCCGAGAUUUUCAGUGGUCCAUUUUAGUUUCUAAAAGCAGCCCUACGUAGUUUGUCUGAGCUUAACACGGUUACUCGGUACCAUAGUGCUCAUAAACAUAUACUGAUUUGGGUUGUACCGAACCAUUUACCUUCAUAUUAGGACUUUUAAGUAGUUAGACUGAGUGAUUGCUUUGUUGCUCAUUGGUUUUGAAUCAAUUUCCAGUGAUACAGUUAGUGCUGUUAGAUUAUUUUGGUGACGGCAAGUCGACCUUAGUGGUUCGGAUCGGUUUAUGGAGGUAUAUCAAAGCUGGAAAUGAUUGUGGUGACAUGGUGCAUGGACAGGAGCAUAGUUGCUGGUUCGUUCCCUUUCUGGAACAGUGCUACUGGAAACUAAUUGGAGCACUCUCAAUUUUGGAAGGAUUUUAUACUAGGCGUAUCUGGAUUUUGUGCAAUGUCGCGCUGCUUUCCAUUUCCACCUCCAGGAUAUGAAAAGAAGACUAGAACCGAUGAAGUUGACUUGUUAAAAAAGGAAAAGCACAGGGAAAAGAAACAUAAAAAAGAUAAGAAGGACAAAGAGAAGAGGGAAAGUAAGGGAAAGGGGGAGAAAGAAGGACGGGAUAAAAGGCAUAAGGAAAAGGAUAAAAAGGAAAAAAACAGGGAAAAAAAGAAAGAUAAGGACAAAGACAGGGAGAAGGACAAAGGAAGAGAUAGAGAUAAGAGUAAAACCAGUCCUGCUGAUGGAAAAGGACUUCCAGGACAAGCUGAGGGUGUCAAUGCAGGUAAACUUCAAAAGGAAACCAAGCAUGAUACAAAGGGUGUAUUUGUCGAUAAUAAAAUUACCAAACCUCAUACUGGUAUCAAUGGGGAGAUGGCCAGAGAGAAUAAUCAUCUCGCUGAGGAGAACAAGGAUUCUAAAUUCCUCCUGGAGUUGGAGAGGAGGAUUAAGGAUGAUAACGGAGGGGCUGGUAAUCAAUUGGUUCAGAAGUUUACAAAUGCAGACAAUGGUAAAGAUGAGGGGACUAUUAGGUUGGUUUCUAGGAAUAGCGGUACCUUGCGUGAUAGCAGUGAAAAACUCAAUGAUAAGGGUUUUUAUGCUAAGAAGAUUGAUGGGAAAGGAAUCCAUGCCGAGGUCCGACCUUUUGGAAAUGCAACAGUUCCGAAUCAUGCUGGGAAUUUUCAUCCUAAAGCUGAUGGAAUGCCCAAACCUUUGGAGAAGUAUUUCAACAGGAAUUUGGAAGCAACUGUUGGAGGAAAAGAAAAGGUUGAUGAAAAGAAAGUCGAAAGAAAAGAAAAGGUUGAUGAAAAGAAAGUCGAAGGAAAAGAAAAGGUUAAGGAAAAGAAAGACGAAGGAAAAGAAAAGGUCAAGGAAAAGAAAGACGAAGGAAAAGAAAAGGUUAAGGAAAAGAAAGAGGAAGGAAAGGAAAAGGUCAAGAAGAAGAAAGACGAUAAACGAGGAGAAAAAAGGAAACGCAAGGAGGAGAAGAAAGGGCAUGGGAAGGACAAAAACAGGGAUAAAGAGAAGAAAGAGGAGAAAACUAAGAAGGAGCAUACUGAACAUAAAACCACGGAGCAGAAUAAAUUAAAAGAGAGCAACAAUGUUGGUCCUUUACAUUCAAAUUCGUUCGCACAGAUUAGCAAGAACAGCCAUGAGAGUUCUGUUAGUGGGGAAAACAUCAAAAAACGGAAGGAGAUUGAGUCAAAUGGAAUUCCACGUGCCAAUGACAAUUGGCCGAGUAAGUUGCCAAAACCAUCCUCCUCUCAUCCGUUCGCGGAAAAUGGAAGGAUAUUGGAACCUUGCCAAAUUUCCACUCCGAAUGUUUCAGAUAGGCCAGGAGUAGCCACCAGCAAUGCUAUGGUAGAAAACAAGGAGUGCAAGGUAAAUGGCUUCAUUGAAGCUCAACCACUUGCAAUACCCUCAAACAAGACUCGCACUGCAACCGUGCCCACAGAUCUGUUAAUUGAAGCACCUUCAAAACCCCAUCCUGAUACCAGGUACCUAAGCGACAUAUAUGCGGUACCUAAAGUGGAAUGGUCUGAUUUGGAUGAUCAGGAAUGGUUGUUUGGCAGCAAUAUUUCAGAAGAAAGAAAAACCGCAAUGAAAUCUUCAGAGGCUGACGAGGCACCGCAUCAAGUAUGGGCAGAAGCUGUGCACUUAGAGCUGGCAGAUGUUUUUGCUCUGCCAUAUGUCAUUCCAUACUGAUACUGAUUGAUUAUUUCAUUGGCACACAAUACUUCAAUUAUAUCUGCUACACAAGGACCCUCCUUUGGCAUCCGGUAUGGGAGGAACUGCAACACUUGGGGGCUAGAAACCAGUUCCAAAUUUCUCAACGCAUUCCUUUGUUCUUUGCGCCCUGCCAAUUGGCAACAAGUAGUGAGUAACCGGUUGCAUCGAUCUUAAACAUUUUGGACGGUUACUUGUGUCCAACAGAUUGCCUUGAUUUUGCACUGAUUGGAAGUAAUCACCUGUCGCGACUUGUUGCAUGCAUGGUGCAUUGCUGCAGGCCAGGUUGAGGUUUUUGCAUCUUAGUAAUUCAUUUAGACAGAAAGAUUUUAUACAUGCAGCCGUACCGGUUGUGGAGAAGGGGAGGGAAGAGGUACAAAGUACAAAGCUUGUUUACUCUAUUUUUACUUAGAGCUGAACUGCUCUUUCUAAUUUGAGAAUGAGAAUGCAAGUGAAACCAGAUGUGGUAUUUGCAACUACACAACAAUUUUGAUUUUGUAACAUAGAACUCCUAUUUACAAGAAUAUGUAUGAUAGAGAAGGGAAAAGAAUAGUCGGAUUCGUUUAUUCAGUUUCUUGUAAAUUUUAUUGUUUAUUUUAUCAUUUUGUAGGAGUGUUAAUGAUCAAGGUUAAAAAAUGGAUGAAAUUGAUUUUAUUAGUAUUUCAA